GUGACCCGGAAGUACUGUUCCACUGCUAUUCGAGAGGCCGAGCUAGUUAGCAUGUUUGCUCGCCUUAGACACGUCACGCGUUAGGGAAAAACGAAUUUUUAUUUUUUAAUUUUGUGACGAGUCGUUUGGAGGACAUGAAGCCCAGCGUGGCCUGCUUGGACGUCGACACGUCGAGUCGCCUCACUCGUGAAACACCGCCGCGGGACGAACAGUAGCCUGCCUCCCGAAGCAAGUUAGCUUAGCAUAGCGAGAAGGCCUUCAAUUAAAUUACACGUCGUCGUGCUACAAGUGCGCUGCUUGCUAAACUCGUUUGUGAAGACCGGCCGUGAAAGCUCUGGGUGUGUCUUUUUCCUCUCCAAAAGUUCUUCUCCAUUUUUUGGGGAUUCUUUUCCACGUGCAGCCAUGGAGGACUUCAGCACCAUCAGUUUUCUGUCUCUGGCCAUGUUGGUGGGCUGCUAUGUGGCAGGGACUAUUCCCUUGGCAGUCAACUUCUCAGAGGAGAAGCUAAAGCUGGUCACCGUGUUGGGAGCAGGACUCCUGUGCGGCACGGCCCUGGCCGUCAUCAUUCCAGAAGGCGUCCACGCUCUUUACGAGGAGAUCUUGGAAGGGGGCGGACACCACCCCCCCAGCCAAGUGGGCGUUGUUGUCGAGGUGUCGCAGGCAAAGAGCGACGCAGCGGAGGCGGUGCUGGCCGUGGACGGCCAUCACGAGCACGGCCACGAGCAGCUGCACGCCUGCAUCGGCGUGUCGCUGGUGCUCGGCUUCGUCUUCAUGCUGCUGGUGGACCAGAUCGGCUCGUCGCACAUGCACAGCGCCGAGGAUUCAGACUCGGCCAGAGUGGGCUCCUCCAAAAUUACCACCACCCUCGGUCUCGUGGUGCAUGCAGCCGCUGACGGCGUGGCCCUCGGAGCUGCCGCCUCCACCUCUCAAACCAGCGUUCAACUCAUCGUCUUCGUCGCUAUCAUGCUACACAAGGCCCCCGCCGCCUUCGGCCUGGUGUCCUUCCUCAUGCACGCCGGGCUGGAGAGGAAUCGAAUCCGCAAGCACCUGCUGGUGUUCGCCCUCGCCGCGCCCGUCUUGGCCAUGCUCACCUUCCUCGGACUCAGCCAGAGCAGCAAGGAGGCACUGUCCGACAUCAACGCCACCGGCGUGGCCAUGCUCUUCUCGGCCGGCACCUUCCUGUACGUGGCGACUGUGCACGUGCUGCCUGAGGUGGGCGGCGUGCCGAGCCACAGCCACGGCGCGCCGGGCAGCAACGGCGGCAAAGGUCUGAGCAAGGUCGAGUUAGGCGCCCUGGUGCUGGGCUGCCUCAUCCCGCUGCUGCUCUCGGUCGGACAUCACCAUUAGGAAGACGGUUAAAGCAAAAGACUUGUGGACAUGGAACUCUUAUGCUCACGGCGGCCAUUUUUUUUUUUUUUUACUGUACAUAUCUCUUCGACACAGAUUUCAAGUGACGCUCAAGUGCCAUAGUAGCUGCGACUCGGCCGCUUCCUGUUUCCGGGACACGUGUACAUUUUAUUUCUUUAGGGAAGAGUUUCUCAAUUAACAAAGCUUUGGUUGCCCUCACCAAUUAAAGGGAUUUUCCGUAGACACAAGUAUUUUAGAUCCUCUCUUUCGGGACUCCGGCUAAAUUCACUUGUCAAAUGCAGUCAUCAUGAAAUGUUCCCGAUUGGGGUUGACAAACUUUAAAAACAUUUUAGGCAGUGUUGUGUGUAUAUAUUAUAUAUAUAUUUUGUCAUUCUGCAGUGAGUCUUCCUCGUGUUGGAUGGUGCAAAGUGGUUUGCAACACGCAAGGCUACUUUUUACGACUAAAUUAAAUGUCUCAUUUUUUUAAGAUGGUGCA